CGCUCUAUCUAUUCUUCUUCCAUUAACCCCUUCCUCCCCUUUACCCAGCGUGCCUCACCUCCCUCUCUUUCUGUCGGCGGCGACUGGGCGGGCCGUCGCUGCCGCCCUGCGCCAGGUGCCCAGGUCUUCUUCGGGCCCUUCGCCGGCGGCAACCACCACCAGGUAAGUAAGCCAUGGCUUUGAAGGCGAGCUCCGGCGAAAACCGGACAAGGAGCACGGUGUUCCUGUGCAUAGUGAUUGGCAUGUGCUGCUUCUUCUACAUCCUCGGGGCGUGGCAGAAGAGCGGGUUCGGCAAGGGGGACAGCAUCGCGCUGGAGGUCACGAAGCGCACCGACUGCACCGUCUUGCCCAACCUUAGCUUCGACACCCACCAUUCUAAACCUGCCAGUGACAGCAGCUCUAGCGAUCUUGUUGUUUCGCCGGCGAAGAAGUUCAAGCCGUGCGCUGAUCGCUACACGGAUUACACCCCCUGCCAAGACCAGAACAGGGCGAUGAAGUUCCCUCGGGACAACAUGAACUACAGAGAGCGGCACUGCCCGGCGCAGAAGGAGAAGCUGCACUGUCUUAUCCCACCCCCAAAGGGUUAUGUGGCUCCGUUCCCGUGGCCCAAGAGCAGGGACUAUGUCCCUUUUGCGAAUUGCCCGUAUAAGAGCUUGACGGUCGAGAAAGCCAUCCAGAACUGGGUUCAGUAUGAGGGUAACGUGUUCAGAUUCCCUGGUGGAGGGACACAAUUCCCACAAGGAGCAGAUAAGUAUAUUGAUCAGCUUGCAUCAGUCAUUCCGAUCGCCAAUGGAACUGUCAGGACUGCGCUUGACACUGGUUGCGGGGUGGCUAGCUGGGGAGCUUAUUUGUUGAAGAGGAAUGUCUUGGCCAUGUCGUUUGCGCCAAGAGAUUCACACGAGGCACAAGUGCAGUUUGCUCUGGAGAGAGGUGUCCCAGCUGUUAUUGGUGUCCUUGGUACAAUAAAACUUCCCUAUCCAUCGAGGGCCUUUGACAUGGCCCAUUGUUCCAGGUGCUUGAUUCCAUGGGGAGCAAACGAUGGAAUGUACAUGAUGGAAGUUGAUAGGGUUCUAAGGCCUGGUGGCUACUGGGUGCUGUCUGGUCCUCCAAUUAAUUGGAAGGUGAACUACAAGGGUUGGCAACGCACAAAGAAGGAUCUUGAAGCAGAGCAGAACAGAAUAGAGGAAAUUGCUGAUCUUCUAUGUUGGGAAAAGGUCUCAGAGAAGGGUGAGAUGGCAAUAUGGAGGAAAAGGGUGAAUACUGAGUCUUGCCCUUCUAGGCAAGAAGAAUCAACUGUGCAGAUGUGUGAAUCAACAAACCCAGAUGAUGUCUGGUACAAGAAGAUGAAGGCCUGUGUGACACCCCUUCCAGAUGUAAAAGAUGAAAGUGAAGUAGCUGGAGGAGCAAUCAAACCCUUCCCAGCCAGGCUCAAUGCAGUUCCUCCAAGAAUUGCUAAUGGUUUGAUCCCAGGGGUUUCGUCUCAGGCCUUUCAGAAAGACAAUAAAAUGUGGAAGAAGCAUGUGAAGGCUUACAGCAGUGUGAACAAAUAUCUGCUUACUGGUAGAUACAGGAAUAUUAUGGACAUGAAUGCAGGAUUCGGGGGAUUCGCUGCAGCAAUAGAGUCCCCAAAAUCUUGGGUGAUGAAUGUUGUGCCGACCAUCGCAAAGAUGCCCACCCUGGGGGCUGUGUAUGAGCGAGGAUUGAUCGGCAUAUAUCAUGACUGGUGUGAAGCUUUCUCUACUUAUCCAAGGACAUAUGAUCUUAUCCAUGCUAGCGGUCUUUUCACCUUGUAUAAAAACAAGUGCAGCAUGGAAGAUAUUCUCCUGGAGAUGGACCGCAUCUUGAGGCCUGAAGGUGCUGUCAUAAUACGGGAUGAUGUUGACAUCCUGACUAAGGUGAACAGCCUCGCUCUGGGUAUGAGGUGGAACACGAAGAUGGUUGAUCACGAGGAUGGCCCCCUCGUGCGUGAGAAGAUCUUAUAUGCUGUGAAGCAGUACUGGGUUGGUGGGAAUCAGACAGCUGUAGCUUGAAGCAAGCACGUUUCCGAGGUUCUAACAUGAGGAAUUCUGCAACCCAACCUUACCCGACGAUCAAGAAUUACCUUAGGAGUCAUCCUGUGGCAAGGAAAAUGGUCAGCCCUUGUAGGGGUAGCACUGAAGCAGCCAGGAUACCGUACUUGGUGGUGAUCGCUGCAAAGCCUGCAACCACAUAAUGUCGGUGACAAAUUUUUGGAAUUCUUCGUUGGUUGUGUACUCUAUUCAAAAGCUUGUAUCUUAGAAAAUUUCUCUACGGUCCGUACUGAUUCGAGUGUAAUUUAUUAAGUAGAGUAGCUUUCUGUAAGCAAGAAAUACAAGGUUUUUUGGACAACCCAGGUAUAUUUAUCUACACCUGAAUGAUCCUGAAGAAAAAAGGGCUGUUUACUGCUCUA